AUGGCGGAAGCCUUCGGCGUUGUCGUCAGCGCCUUCACCGUCGUCGAGAUUGCCGGCAAGCUUGGUUCCAGCACAAUCAAACUCAAGAAGCUUUGGAACGAAGUCCAGGACGUGCCCCGCGAGAUCAACCAGCUCGUCGAACAGGUUGACAUUCUUAAUGCCAUCCUCACAGAGAUGGAUGUGGAGCUCACAAGUGGCGAACGAGCUGGAGAUACUGGCGACAGACUUACAACAGCAAAUUCUUACCGCGAAGAAGUCACGGAGGAGCAUAACAAAGCUCAGGGUUACACUUAA